CUGUCAUCCAUCUCUAUUAUUCCCAGGAUUCUAUAUUUGAUAUUUUCUCUUUUCUGAUUUCCCUCUCAAUACCAGCCAUACCAUGAUCCAACCCUCUACCACGCCUACAAUAGAGGAAGUCGCCCCAGCACCGCCGGACGGACAGAGUGUCUCCGCCUCAAAAAAUGAACAAGAACAGGGAGAACAGGAAGAACAGGAGGACCAAGGAUACACCCCCUCCGGGAAGACAUGGCGGUUCUGGGCCGUUUUCCCUGCGCUGUGCAUCACGACGUUUCUCGCCGCGCUCGACACCUCCAUCCUGUCGACGGCGCUGCCGACUAUCGCGCUCGACAUCCACGCCGCGGGCGCCUACAUGUGGAUCACAAACGCGUACAUCCUCUCGUCGACCGUCGUGUUGCCGCUCUUCGGCCAGAUGGCGAACAUUUUCGGCCGCCGCUGGAUCAUCAUCAGCGCGGUGGUGAUCUUCGGCGUGGGCAGCGGCAUGGCCGGCGGAGCCAACAACACCGCCGCAAUCAUCGCCGGGCGGACCGUCCAGGGAAUCGGCGGCGGCGGGAUCAACAUCCUCGUCGACACCAUCAUCUGCGAUCUGGUCCCGCUCCGCCAACGAGGCAAAUACGUCGCCAUGAUGGCCUCCGUCUGGGCCGUGGGUACCACCGUCGGCCCCAUCCUCGGCGGCGCCUUUGCCCAGUACGUCUCCUGGCGGUGGGUGUUUUAUAUCAACCUGCCGCUGUGUGCGGUCGCGCUCCUUCUUCUCCUCCUCUUCCUGCGCGUCAAACAUCCUCGUCGACCGGCGGGAACCACAGUCUGGCAACAGAUCCUCCGCAUCGAUCUGCCGGGAAACAUCAUCCUCACCAUGGCCGUCGUGGCUAUCCUGAUGUCCUUGACCUGGGCGGGAACCUCGUACCCCUGGUCUUCAUGGCGUAUUCUUGUUCCCUUGCUCCUCGGUCUCGCUGGACUCGGUCUCUUCUAUCUCCAUCAGGCCUCGCCCUUCUGCGCCGAACCCUCCAUCCCACUCCGGCUCUUUUCCAGCGCCACUGCCCUCUGCGCAUUAUGGAUUUCCUUCCUCCAGAACAUGCUCCUCUACUGGGUCGGCUACUUCCUGCCGGUCUACUUCCAGGCCGUUCGGGGCCUCUCCCCCACCCAAUCAGGAAUUCUCUGUCUCCCCAUCACGGCCGCCAUCGCCCCCUUCGGCGUCAUCACGGGCAUCCUCAUCGCCGUGACGGGGAAGUACCGCAUCUUCCAUUUCAUGGGGUACACCUGUCUCACAGCCGGCGUGGGACUACUCUCUCUAUUAAAUGUCGACUCCCCCGCAUCUCACUGGGCUGGCUUCCAGGUUCUCUUCGGCGUAGGGUCCGGCAUGGUCUUCUCCAGUACCUUGCCGCCUAUCCAGGCUGUGUUGCCGGAAUCGGACGUCGCCACCGCAACGGCUACGUGGGCGUUUAUGCGCAGUCUAGGUUGUAUCUGGGGGAAUAGCCGUCCCUACCACCAUCUUCAAUUCGCGCGUGGCACAUCUUCUACACCGGGUGGGUAGUGCCGCCCUGCGGGCCGAGCUGAGUAAUGGCGGCGCGUAUGCGAUGGCAAGUGACGGGCUUGUGCGUGAAUUUCGCAACACUCCUCUCUUGCAAGCGGAGGUGCUGGACCUGUACGAGAGUAGUCUGCGCUGGGUGUGGUGGCUGGCUGUGCCUUUUGGGGUUUUGGGAUUGGUUCUUGCUAUUCCAAUUAAGCAGUUGAUUCUUAGGGAGGAUCUGCAUACCGAUUUUGGCUUGGAAGAAGUAGUAGAAAGAGAAGAGGAACGAACAGGAGAGCAGGAGGAGGCUACGGAAGAAGUAGAAGAGGGAGUAGAAGAAGGAAACAGUUAGAUUUAUAUUUCUUAUACUGCCUUAUAUCUUGGUAGCAAAACACAGUCGACGGAAUUC